AUGGCGGCCCGAGGGGGACGGGCGGCGGCGGCUCCGCAGGGCCCGGGCGGCGUCAACAUCUUCGCCAACGACGGCAGCUUCCUGGAGCUCUUCAAGCGCAAGAUGGAGGCGGAGCAGCGGGGGCGGGAGGCACCGGCCCAGGGGGGGCAGGAGGCAGCGGCCGCCGGGACGGUGGGGCCUGGGGAGGAGCCGGCGGCAGGGGCGGCCCCGGGGGACUCCGGGACUGAGCAGCAGCGGCCGCCGGAGGGGAAGAAGAGGAGCGGGAGCGCGCUCAGCUUCGUGGGCAAGCGGAGAGGUGGCAACAAACUAGCCCUGAAGACAGGAGUGGUAGCAAAGAAGCAAAAGACCGAGGAGGAGGUUUUGACAAGUAAAGGAGAUGCCUGGGCCAAAUACAUGGCAGAAGUGAAAAAAUACAAAGCCCACCAGUGUAGCGAUGAUGACAAAACGAGACCCCUUGUUAAAUAGCCCUUCUUUCUGCUGACUUCCGUGAGGACGCUCUGUUGUACAUACUUAUUUAAAACAGCGAAGGAGGGUAGCUAGUCACUGCGAACUUAACACCGCUGUUUCUAGCAUUGGCUCCAAUGGAUGGUUCCCACAGACGUUUUUUUAUAUACCCAGGCGCACCGAGACUUUCAUUAGUCUGUCGUUUACUUAGUUUUGUUUUCGUUGGUUCCUUCUGGGAAGUACGGACUCUGAAUUAGUUGUAGCUUUUAUUUUUUUAAAAGAAUCCAAACUAGUGGAAUCCCGACAAUGUUGUGUAUUUCCGCGGCUGUCAAAGCAAAAUCUAACCACCAGCUCUCGCGUGUGAGAUACAACUCGCUUCCACAUCCGUACACAACCAAGAACCUGUCCCACCACCCCUGCUCUUCCCUCUCACCCACUGAGGACUCCAGCCGUCUCAGCAAGUUGAGCUUCAUACUAGCUAACUUCUUUGAGUAGAAACCGUAGGCAGUAGAUGGCGGGCGUCAAACUCCAUUAUUAAAGGUAAAUGUGGAUGCCGCAGAUGCAUUUACUCAUUAAAGACCUUGGAUAUUUUUAAGCUGCUCCUGCUUUGUUGGGUGUCUUUGAUGCCAGUGCUACAUUCCCUGCAGCCUUGUUGGAGGGUUCCCAGUUGGUUCCUCGCAAUACCUUUGCUCUGUUACCCUUCUCAGCGUUUUCAGGACCAAUCAAGCGUUACUGGGUUUCCAUGCAUUUAUUCUGCGAUGCUGGUUUCUCUCCCCAGUUCCUUCACACAACUUCCAGCGGUUUCAGGCAGCCCGAUCACUGCCUGCCUAACAAACUCCUGCGACUGCAACCCCGCAAUUGCUACCUGUGUAAUGGGAGGGGUGUUUCUCAGAACUAUCCAAGUGAAAGGGAGGCCUCUGGUUGCUCCUGUAAGCUAAGCAGCUUGAAACUUUGCACCAGCGGGUGGUCUCAUGAGGGUCAGGGAGUGCCCGGGGAGGGGAAACAGACUGAAGCGUUAAAAACUUGCUCCUGAAGACUCAAAUCAACUGUGGCAAGGCCUCUUACAGCAGCCUGAUCACAACUGGGCCAUGUCCUCCUGGUGGGGCUUGCACUAAAUCAGAGUGGCUGAGUGACAUGAGCCGUAGGCCUGGCUGGAAGUCAAACCCCUGGCUCACUGCAGCUGUGACCAAGUCAUUUCAACUCUGCCUUUCUCCCUACUCAUAAGAUCCUUACUUCAAAGUUGGGGGGCAGGAGAGUUUCUAUGGUGCUGUGAAGUCUUAAACUCCAGCUGUUGGCAGUGGUGAAGGCUGCAGGUGGAGGCCAUCUCAAACUAAAUACCCACCUGUAAUGAAGUGAUGGCUUAAAGGCAGGGCCUGCAGCUUGUAACCCACUGCUUUAGCCUGAGGACCUCUGCUUUUGGCCUUUAUUUCCCCAGCAAGUGGGGCAUCAAGUUGGGUUUAAAUCUCAGGCCCAUUGUGCCAUUUUCAACCACUUGCCUUCAGGUGGCUCUUCUCACCUGUUCACAGUGAGCACCUGGAGAUGCUCUGACCUAGCAGCAGCUUUGAGGAGAGAGAGGUGCAGCUGCCAAUUAAUCCUGGAAUAUUUUGGGAGCCAGAUUUUCCCCAUGGAUGGCCCUUGCCAUGAGGAGCUGGGGGAAGGGUGUGGUUUCCCGUAUCUUCUCUCUGUCAGCGUGGGAGGGGGAAGCUGGAUCCCCUAAUCAGUAGAGAUGAAUGACAUGACUCUUGUGGCUUGUAGCGGAUAUCCUACCUAGGUAAGGCUUUAAGUAGACAGCUGGGCCUUGGAGCUGCUGUGACCUGUCCUCUGUGGCUGUCCACCCGAUUCAUCACUCUUUGUAACAAUCUUACGGGCCAAGCUCAGAACCACUGACAAUUUUUUCUUAAGACUGGCUUUUUAAAAUAAACUCCUGUUGUACAU